GAGGCACGAAUAAGAAUCGAGACACAGCCGGUUUCAUACACUCAACUCUGAUGGCACCAAAGAAAGAGUCAUUGCGAUUGUCGCAUAAAGCUGCCAUUCUCCGUGAAACUACUAGAGUUCUCAUACGAGGGUAUGUCUCGUCGAUGAUUUAUUUCGGCUUCCCACUAGUGUUGGGAACCGCAAGAUUUUUCUCGAUGGUCACCGACCGAGAGCCCUGUCGUGAAGGUUUGGAGACGGAUGAACGUUUGCCAACUCAACUGGACGUAGCAACCCUACAACGGCUCUUACCUGAAGUUGAUGUGUCACGUUUCGUUGGCAAUAUCAGUGACUUCAUUGAAAGUCCAACAAAAGAAGAAUGCCUGCCGCAACCGUUACCGUGUGAU